GGAGCGGAGCGGAGCGGAGGCGCCACCAUGGACUGCUGCAGCGAGGGAGCGUGCCCCAAGCUGGACGAGGACAUCCUGGACAUCCCCCUGGACGAUCCCGACGCCAACGCGGCCGCCGCCAAGAUCCAGGCGAGCUUCCGCGGCCACAUGACUCGGAAGAAGAUCAAGGGCGGCGAGAUGGAGCGGAAAACCAAGGAUGCCGAGUGUGCCGGAGGCGCCCGCGCCGGCGACCUCCGCAACGGCGACUAGCCCGCCCGGGCGCCGCCGGACACCCGGAGCCC